AUGGGCAAUCAGGCGCAGUUACGAAUGCGGGAAGACUUCGACGGGCCGCAAGAGGCCAUGCACGCGAGCAUUCGCGACGACAAUGUGGCCGAGCUGAAACGGAUCCUCGGCUUGGCCACCGUUGACGAGGUCAACCAUGAACACCACAACUGGGGCACGCCGCUCCACGUAGCCAUUCUAUGCGACAGUCUACCAGCCGUAGAUUUGCUUCUCGAAGCCGGUGCCAACCCUCUCUUCGUUCCCCACCCCGAGAACGGCAUGACACCUCUGGCCAUGGCUGUCCGGCGCGGGACCUCGGCCAUCGUGGAGAGGCUGUGGCAGAGUGUGCCUGUGGAAAUCCGCGCCGCCGAGAGACAUUCUGAGGAUACUUGCCUCGGCGUUGCAGCCACAUACGGCCAGACUCAUAUCGUGGACCUGCUUCUAAAUCUAUGGGACGACUGGCCGCAGACAACGAAGCAGGGCGCUCUGUUCGCCGCUGCGCACAAAUGGCGCGCCAACGUCGUCGAUCUGCUUCUCGAGAGAGUUGUUUUCCCUCCGGACGUCAUCCUAAAGGCCUUGCAUGUCGCCGUAGACUUCAAAGUCAUGCUCGCCGACGAUGAGCGUGGUGGGGUCCAGUACGAUGGCACCGAUUUCCUCAGCCAGCAGCGGCUCAUCAAAGCCCUCGUCAAGGCCGGAGCAGACCCAAACGCGAGGAUGGAGAGGGCAGUGUUCCAGACUGCCCCCGUUUUGUUUGCAUGUAGGUGGAGUGACCUCGUCGGCGGCCUCAGCGCGUUACUGGAGACAGGUGCAGACCCCAACAUCCAGGAGGAGGAUGGGAAGACGGCCCUCCAUCAUCUUGGCGCGCCAGUCUACGUCAAAUCGCAAUCCCCUUCAUCUGGUCUGAAUGAUACAGGUAUCCGGCUUCUCAUUGAAAAAGGUGCCUCAGUUAGCUGCCGUGACAAUGAAGGUAACACCCCACUCCAUAAUGCCGCCUAUGGCUCCAACCUCUCCGUUUUCCUCCUUUACCUCUCCGCAAUGGAUCCAAGCGAGAGGGAAUCGGUAUCAACAUUGGUAAAUAGUCAUGGGGAAACCUUGCUCCAUUGGGCUGCUGCCGGCGGCAAGACAGACAUAAUGGAGUAUCUGAUCUCGCACGGAUCCGAUGUCAAUCAGGUGAGUGCCAAUGGUUGGACACCUUUGCUAUGCUCACUCGCUCCGGCCAAAGAAGGUCAUGUCUUCGGAGCAAAGCUUAAGGCAUCAUGGCUAGCCGUCCGCGCGGCUCGGGUUCUGCUCGGCCACGGGGCCAAUGCGCUCGUCUCGACAGCCGAGGGGUACACUCCACUACACUGCCUCGCGAUGUAUCUCGACGGAGAUGAGGCCGGUGUUACAGCAGCCCUCGCCGAGGAGCUUGUUUCCCGUGGCGCGGAUAUCGAGGCUCGUGCUCCGAUGUUGGCUUCUGUCGCGACCUUGAAGGAUAAGGAUGUUCAUGCUUAUGCUUGGGGAUGGCGCACCAAGCAGACCCUGGACAUGUUUGCCUCUGACGCUGCAGUGGUGAGUCCUGACCUGCCCCUUCUUCACUGGGCAGCUCAUCAUGGUGCAGUUGGCUUGGCCAAGGUCAUACUCGCUCAUGGCGCGAACCCAGAAUGUGCGGACUCCAAUGGUCAGCUGGUCAAGAAAGAUAUAUCCACAUGA